AUUAUUGGUCCGUAUUGAAACGGAAUGAAUUAAGGGGCACAUGAUUAAAAUUCAAGCAUGGAACGCGAAUAGAUUCCCGUCAUUUUCAUAAACUAGCUUUGUCAGCAUAUUUUCCACCUUUCAGCUAUUUCCUCCAACAAGCCGUGGUCAUGUUGUUCAACGCUCUCUUUGGAACGGGAAUUCGUGUGUCCCUCAGUUGAACUGAGCAAAUAGACUUUGUUCCAAAUUUGUUGACGGUGGUUGGUUUGUCGAUAUUCUUGAUCAAACCCAAAGAAGUCGAUGGGGCGGCCAAGCGAGUAAUGGUACACGUACACACUCACACGUGUGGGGAACGACCAUGCCAUUAUCGGCGAGUGUGUCCACUUUGGAGGAUUUGUGUUCCCGUCACAUCCUGAGCAUGCUGCUCUUCUUAAGUCGGGAGGAUGAAACAAAGGAAUGGGAGCCACCAGAAAACGGGACGGAAGCGAACAUCGGGGGUGAGGACGCGGAGGACGUCGAGGACGUGGAGGAUAUAACGGACGCAGAGGACGUGGAGAAGAAGCGGAAGGGGCCCCCCUUGGACCAACGAGAUUUGAGUGCCAAAGCCUUGGCCCGAAUGGCCUUCGUUCAUGGAUUCCUGUCCAGUGGUGCUUUAGAAGUCCUUUUCGAGCAUUGCUUCAACAUCUAUCAACUUCCCAUUCAGACUAGCCAACCAUCUUUCCCGAGUUCAAUUGGCCCACUUGGGAAAAAAGUGUGUGUACACCAACGUAAUGAUAAUAAUAGUGCACCGUGGACUGAUGACGAUAAUGAUACCAGUACCAAUAGUGGUAGCAACAGCAACAUUAUUGAAGGCCAAAGCUUCGUGCAGCUAGACAUCGGAAACGAAGACCACCGAGUGUUGAGUGGGAAUGACGCGAACGAAGACAACCGACUCCCAGGAGAGGCCCCUUGGGCUUUCAAUACCAUUGGUAGGCCACCAGAUCGUCGGAGCUUUGUCCUUGAGAGUAACAUCCGCUGUGUGGAUUUAGACGUCACAUGGACACUCCUCAACGUGUUCCUUGUACCUCAUCAACAUCGCCAACCUCACGGUGCACGACGGCGCGUUCAACCGUGCUCAUAA